AUGGCGUCCCAGCCAGUGUCGCCGUGUGUGUCCCGCUGGGUGGCCGCGGCCGAGGGCCGGGGUCUGCGCGCGGCAGGUGCCUCAGCGAACUCGCCCCGCUGCCGGUUGCUGGGGUCUGCACACCCUGCGCGCGCCCAGGGCGCAAGGGCUGCGUUUCAGGCCCAGGGCCCCGGCCAGUGCCCAGCCCCGCUGGGAGCCCCGGCCAGCACCACGGACGGCGCCCAGGAAGGCCGAGGCCCCCUGGACGGGGCCUUUUGGAUCCCGAGGCCCCCGGCGGGCUCCCCCAAGGGCUGCUUCGCCUGCGUGUCCAAGCCCCCGGCUCUGCAGGCACCGGCGGUCCCCGGCCCGGAGCCCUCGGCCUCGCCCCCCAUGGCGCCCACCCUGUUCCCCAUGGAAUCCAAGAGCAGCAAGACGGACAGCGUGCGCGCGGCUGCCGCCCCCCAGGCCUGCAAGCACUUGGCCGAGAAGAAGACCAUGACCAACCCCACGACGGUCAUCGAGGUGUAUCCGGACACCACCGAGGUCAACGACUACUACCUGUGGUCCAUCUUCAACUUCGUCUACCUCAACUUCUGCUGCCUCGGCUUCAUCGCCCUGGCAUACUCCCUCAAAGUCCGGGACAAGAAACUUCUGAAUGACCUGAACGGAGCCGUGGAGGACGCCAAGACCGCCCGGCUGUUCAACAUCACCAGCUCGGCCCUGGCCGCGUCCUGCAUCAUCCUGGUCUUCAUCUUCCUGCGGUACCCACUCACCGACUACUGAGCCGGAGCGGCGCUCAGACACGUUUCUCAGCGUGACCCCGGACGUGCAGGCUCACAUGAGGGCCGGCAGAGAGGGGCUUCCGCCCUGGGUGCCCCAGGGGCUGUGAGCCGGCCCCAAGGCCUCUGGACGCCGACCCGCCCGGGGAGCAGCGAGCUUCGUCCCAGCCACCGCGCCGCCUCCUGACCUCUGCCUGUGCGGGGGCCCUGGGCUCCCCCUCCUCCGCCGUGCUGUGCACCCUGGCUGCCGGCGGCUGCCUGCCCUGCCCCGCGGGGCCCCCACCCAGGCUCCUGGGGCCCCCAGACCUGACACCCAGCAAGAAGGGCUUAUGUGGGAGCUCCCAGGACGGGAAGGCUACCAGCUUGGGCGUCACUGUCCCCCCACCCCGUCCCCGCCUCCUCUGAGCUGCAACCCUGCUCUGUACUCCUGUGAACGUCCAAUAAAACCCCGCCCAGCU